AUUUUUUUUAUUUUAUAUUUGUAUUAUUAUAUUAUUUCUCUUCUACGUGAAUCUAUUAACAGUUGUUAUCAUGUUACAGUGUAUUAUCCGUUCUUUUCCAUUACAAACGGUAGUCCCAUUUAAAUGUUAAAACAUUUUUGAAGCUAGAACACUCUGAAACAUUAACCGAUAUAUCCAUAAAUAUAUCGAGCCGCAGAGGAAAAGCGGCGGCAGCAACAACGCCCCAAGAAGACCCCGACUAUCACCCACCUCCAUCACGCCGCCCCUUGCCCCGCACCGCGGCAGAAUCUGCGGCUCUGGGGGCGGCCUUGUCAGCCCUAUGAAGAUCCAGAAACAUGACCCGGCGAGAGGACAACCACAGUCGACCCCACGCGCUCGUCGAUGAUGGUAUAGAAAUGAUGAUGAUAUUAUUUAUGAAACUAGACCACUGUCAAACAUUAACCGUCGACUCAAACUUCUCUUCUUUUCAGGCAUCGCAGUGCGUGGAUGGUUUGAAGCUCCAGGCUCCCCUGGGGCUCCAGGACUUUGAGCUGCUGCGCGUGAUCGGCCGUGGGAGCUACGCCAAAGUGCUGCUCGUGCGACUGCGCACGACGGAGAGCGUCUACGCCAUGAAGGUGGUCAAGAAGGACAUCGUCAACGACGAGGAGGACAUCGACUGGGUGCAGACGGAGAAGCACGUGUUUGAGCAGGCCUCAAACCACCCCUUCCUGGUGGGCCUGCACUGCUGCUUCCAGACAGAGAGCCGGCUGUUUUUCGUGAUCGACUACGUGAAUGGAGGGGACCUGAUGUUCCACAUGCAGCGCCAGCGCAAGCUGCCGGAGGAGCACGCGCGAUUCUACGCGGCGGAGAUCUCGCUGGCGCUGCACUUCCUCCACGAGCACGGGGUCGUCUACCGCGACCUCAAGCUCGACAACGUGCUGCUGGACGCCGACGGACAUGCCAAGCUCACCGACUACGGCAUGUGCAAGGAGGGCCUGAGGCCAGGCGACACCACGAGCACGUUCUGCGGGACGCCCAACUACAUCGCGCCCGAGAUCCUGCGCGGGGAAGACUAUGGCUUCAGCGUGGACUGGUGGGCCCUGGGGGUGCUCAUGUUCGAGAUGAUGGCCGGGAGGUCUCCGUUCGACGUCGUGGGCGGCGCCAAGAACCCCGACCAGAACACCGAGGACUUCCUCUUCCAGGUGAUCCUUGAGAAGCCGAUUCGGGUCCCUCGCUCGCUCUCCGUCAAAGCCUCCAACGUCCUCAAAGGGUUCCUCAACAAGGACCCCCGCGAGAGGCUGGGAUGCCACCCCGAGACGGGGUUUGUCGACAUCCGCGCCCAUCCCUUCUUCCGCGUCAUUGACUGGGACCUGCUGGAGAGGAGGGAGGCUGUGCCGCCCUUCAAGCCGCACGUGUCCGAGGAGUUUGGGCUCGACAACUUCGACGCUCAGUUCACGACGGAGCCGGUGCAGCUCACGCCGGACGAUGAGGAUUCCGUGAGGAAGAUUGACCAAUCGGAGUUCGAGGGGUUUGAGUACAUCAACCCGCUGCUCCUGUCCACGGAGGAGUCGAUAUGAAGCACAAGAAGCCACGCAGACACACACAGACACACACACACACGCAGACACACACACACACACACGCAGACACACACAGACACACACGCAGACACACACACACGCAGACACACACACACGCAGACACACACAGACACACACGCAGACACACACACAGACACACACACACAGACACACACACACGCAGACACACACACACACGCAGACACACACACAGACACACACAGACACACACGCAGACACACACACGCAGACACACACACGCAGGCACACACACACAGACACACACGCAGACACCCACGCAGACACACACGCAGGCACACACACGCAGACACACACACGCAGACACACACGCAGACACACACAGGCACACACACACACAGCAUUGCAGUAACAGACAACCUUCGUGCAUUCUCUGUACCGUGGCAGGAAGUGCCGGGCAGAUGAAUGCUCACGAACGAGACACGUAGGAAAAACAAACACACACCUAGACAAAGGUCCCCCUUAUAGCCUCAACAGGCUGUUGGGGCAAGUGCUGUUAGCGACUUGGCACCUGUGAAGGCCGGCACGGCACAGGAGCGGAUGGGAUGGGCAGCAGCACGCCCGGCUGCCUUUGUCUCCCCAGUGGCGAUGUUUCACACAUCGCACCAGGUGCUCACUUGAGGCUGAGUCGACCUAGGGGGGGCCCAGGACCGGUUCACAUUAACGUCGCCGGUGUUGAUGGCCGUGAGCGGGAAUCGAACUCGGGUCGCCGGUUGCUAACCACUGCGCCACCACUCAACACACCACUCCACAUACAGAUACACACACACACCGAUACACACACAGAUACACACACGCAGAUCUACACAGUUACGGGCGUUCGCCACUGAGUGGCGGUGACGUCACCACUGCGCUUGUGCCAGGCUAGGUGCACUUUCAGGCCACGUGAAGCGUCGAAUGCUCGCUGGCAGGAGGACAGGGGACAGACCCCAGGUGUCAUGGGUUCAAUGGGAUGACUGGCACAUGCACCACCUAUGCCCCCGACUGUGCCAACACGUACAUGCAUACACAAAGAUACGCACACAACAUACCAGGAUCCUCUGUAUAUCCGAUAUAGGCCGACGGAGCAAAUGCCGCGAAGCGCCUCUUAAGACUGGCACAGCAGACGUGGAGGUUGACCGCCACCUUUGUCUCCCCCAAUGAUGUUCGCACAGCGCGUCGAGUACUCAUUUAGGGCUGAGUCUAUCGCCAGUGCAGAUGUCACGCGAACUGGCGUUCGCCAUGACCUGGACCAAUAUUCAGGUGUUUGGAUUUAGAGCGCCCACUCUGCUUCAACUCCCAUGUAAACAAAGACCCCCCCCCCCCCCGUGUAGCCUUUAACUUUUUAAAGUGUGUGUGACGCUAAAGCCGAUAAAAAGCCCUGGCAAAGCAUUUCGAUGGGCUGCGAGUCCCCAUUAGUCCAAGAUCCCGUGCGACGUGGCAAGACGAAAGAUCCCCCGUGUAGCCCCACCAGACUGUUGGGGCAAGUGUCGUUAGUGAGCACCUACGAAGGCCGGCACGGCACACGAACGGGUGGGAUUGGGUGACACCACGCCCGGCCGCCUUUGUCUCCCGGGUGCUGAGGUUUAGACACCGCACCAGGUACAAAUUUAAGGCUGACUCGACCUUGGUGAGGCCCAGGACGGGUUCAUUUAUUCGACGUUCGCCGUGAGCGGGAAUAGACCUCGGGUGUCAGGGUUGUGGGGCAGCACGCUCACGUGCACUGCGCCACGGCUCCGCACGCGAACAGACACACGAGCAACAGGCUCGCGACUAAGUGGCAGUGGAUGUUCGCGUGCCACUCUGGUGCCAGGCUAGGUGCACACCGUGGGAGCCACGUGCGGGGGUGGCGUGUGUGCGUGUGUGUGUGCGUGCGUGUGUGUGUGUGCGCGUUUGUGCGCGUCGUAAUGUGUCUGGAGGGCUUUGAUGUUUCUCUGCUGUGGAGUUCAAUGGGAUGCGCCGAGACGGCAAUCAAUGA